AGAAAUACAUUUUUUCUUUUUUAAGCUGAGAGUUAGUUUCAUAGUUUAAGUAAAAUAUUAAAUGAUGUGGCACAAAAAAUAUUAAGUUCUAUAAGUGCCUGAUCAUCACUCAAAAUUUAGUCUGUGAUAAUUUAGUCUUUUAAAAGAACUUUCCAAGUUAAAGUCAUUUUUCUUUUUUUUCCUAAACAAAAUAACUUCUCAGAGUAUUUCUCUAGAUUCCACCUACAAGUGCUCAUUAGCCCUUGAUGCUCUCUGGGGUGAAUUUUUUUGGUUUGGCCAACGGUUCCUCAGCUGCCGACACUUUCUUGUUCCUUUCAUCUAAGUAGAAACUUUGAAAGGUACUUAGUUUUUGAAACAAGAUAGAAUUCUUUCAAACUUGUAUGCUAAGACACUUUAGAACCUGAAUUUGACUUCACAGCAUGGUUAUACAAAAAAUAAAAGAUCAAGUGCUUACAAGGUUAAAUUUCAGGAAAGCUCUCUUGGAUGCAAGACAAAGGCGGGGUAUAAAAUGAAAACAAAAGUAGCCUGAGUUAAAGAGGUCAUUUGAAUUUACUCUCCACUCAAGACUGCUCCUCUCUGCACGCUGAAACAGAUUGGAGCCAUGACUUUGGAACACAACCAGUCAACAGAUUACUACUAUGAGGAAAAUGAAAUGAAUGGCACUCAUGACUACAGUCAGUAUGAAGUGAUUUGUAUAAAAGAGGAAGUCAGAAAAUUUGCAAAAGUUUUCUUGCCCGCCUUCUUCACAAUAGCUUUUAUCAUUGGAAUUGCAGGCAAUUCCAUAGUGGUGGCAAUUUAUGCCUAUUACAAGAAGCAGAGAACCAAAACAGAUGUGUACAUCCUGAACUUGGCAGUGGCAGAUUUACUCCUUCUAUUCACUCUGCCUUUUUGGGCAGUUAAUGCAGUUCAUGGGUGGGUUUUAGGGAGAAUCAUGUGCAAAGUCACUUCAGCCUUGUAUACAGUCAACUUUGUCUCUGGAAUGCAGUUUCUGGCUUGUAUCAGCAUAGACAGAUACUGGGCUGUAACUAAAGCCCCACGUCAAUCAGGAGUGGGGAAACCAUGCUGGCUUAUCUGUUUCUGUGUCUGGAUGGCUGCCAUCUUGCUGAGUAUACCUCAGCUGGUUUUUUAUACAGUCAAUCACAAGGCUAGGUGCAUUCCCGUCUUUCCAUAUCACCUAGGAACAUCAGUGAAAGCAUCAAUUCAAAUGCUGGAAAUCUGCAUUGGAUUUGUAAUACCCUUUCUUAUUAUGGGAGUGUGCUACUUUGUCACAGCAAGAACACUUAUCAGGAUGCCCAACAUUAAAAAAUCUCGUCCCCUCAAAGUUCUGCUCACAGUGGUUAUAGUUUUUAUUGUCACUCAGCUGCCUUAUAACCUUGUCCGGUUCUGCCAAGUCAUAGACAUUAUCUACUCUCUGAUCACCGACUGCGACAUGAGCAAACGCAUGGAUGUUGCCAUCCAAAUCACAGAGAGCAUUGCACUCUUUCACAGCUGCCUCAACCCAAUCCUGUAUGUUUUCAUGGGAGCCUCUUUCAAAAACUACAUUAUGAAAGUUGCUAAGAAAUACGGGUCCUGGAGAAGACAAAGACAAAACGCGGAGGAGAUUCCUUUCGAUUCAGAUGAUCCUACAGAGCCAACCAGUACUUUCAGCAUUUAAAUGUAAGACUGCUGCCUCUUGCUUCGAUACACAUGAAUGAUGCUUCUCCCUCAGAUAAAACAUCUGCUUUAUUCUGAAACUUAAAUCUCAAAUAUCGUGGUGCCAACUUAUAGCAAUCAAGAGUUGGAGGGAAGUUGGGGAGAAUAUAGCAACCAGGAAGAGGAGGAAAUGACAUAAUAAAUGCAGAAAACAUGAACUUAAAGUUAACAAUAUAGGAAAAUAGUAUUAACAGGUAUAAAUAAUAAAAACACAUGCUAUGAAUUAGGCCAUAUGAAACAGAUUAAUAAAAAGGCUUAUAUUAAGGGGCAUUUCUAAUUAUUUUAAAAGAUCUAAAUUUUAAUAUAAGAAUGAUUUCACUGCAUAAUUUCAGUAUUUGAAUAACUAUACAACAAAAUUUAAUCCUUUUUUCCUGUUUCUUAGUUUGUAAGUGAUUUCCUAAGAUCCCAGAAAUAACAAUGUAACAAUAAAAAUAUUACAUAAAAA